GGCGGCAUCCAUAGAGCGCAUGCGCACGGCUAACAGUCUGCUUGGGUUGGGUGGUUACGGGGAACCGUCGCUCUGUGGCUUCCCCGUUGCAGACCGGAGAGAUUAGCGGGAGGGACGCUUCCGGUGGAGUGGCAGUUGCAUGACGGGCAGGGCAGAGAGGAAAGUGUGUAUAUGUGUGCGUGUCCAUUCUUUGCCCGGAGAUGUCUGCUCUUUCCAAUUAUGCCUUGCGGAUGGCCCGCCUGAGUGCCCGGAUAUUUGGAGAAGUUGUCAGGCCAACAGACAAUAAGUCCAUGAAAGUAGUGAAGCUGUUCAGCGAGCAGCCCCUUGCCAAACAGAAGGACGUCUACGAUUGGUAUCCCCCUCACAACACCUACGUCGCCCUCAUGAAGAACCUCCGCUUCCUUGGCCUCUACAGAGAUGAACAUCAAGAUUUUAAGGAAGAGAUGAGACGGCUAAAGAAGCUCCGUGGUAAAGGAAAACCCAAGAAAGGAGAAGGAAAGAGAGCUACCAAGAAGAAAUAGUGCUACUUUGGAACUGGAACAGACUAAUUUGGAAAUGUCAGAGCAAAAGUAACCCUAUCCCUUUCUUCCCAGCCAGAGAUGGAUUUGCAUGCAGCUGAGUUCAUGGCUGCAGUGGGGAUUGGGUGUAAGCAGUCUGCCAGAUAUUAAACUCUGAAUUGAACUCUCUUUUUACUAGGCCUCUUUGAGCACUCAGGUUUUUCACCAGUGACUGUAUAUAUGGGAAUAAUUCAGUAUGUUUCAGCACCCAUGAUGAUGCUGAUUUGGGUUUCAGUUGCUAUGGGAGCCCUUUUCUACCUGAGUCAGCAAUAAAAAUAAGUCUACA